UGGAUAAAUAUCCAGCUUGUAAAGUUGUAACAUCGAAAUUUUUGCAAAUGGUGGAAGUUGCAGUUCCUACCCGAGUUCAUAUCACGCCCUUUCUUUCUGUAAGCCCAAAUCUUCCCAUUUGUCGCAAAAUAGUGGUGACAAAAGUAGCAAGGAAGAUUUCUGGAGUUGUGGCAUCUUCUUCUUCAACUUUGUCUACUUCAUCUGGUUUUGGGUAUAAACAAAAGGUUGAUGAUGGGCAAGUCCUGUUGCCAAAGAAGACAAGCAAAGAAAGGGUGUUCUUUUUAGACGUUAAUCCUCUUUGUUAUGAAGGAAGCAAACCCAGCUUACAAUCUUUUGCUCAUUGGGUCUCCUUGUUUUUUAAUCAAGUUAGCCUCUCUGACCCUGUUAUUGCUGUCGUUGAUGGGGAAAGAGGAAGUGAGCACCGCAGACAGUUAUUACCUUCAUAUAAAGCACAUAGGUGGAAGUUCUUGAGACAGUUUUCAAAGGGGCAUGUUGGAAGGUCACAUGGAGUCAUCACAAAUGUUCUUAGAAAAUGCAAUGUGCCAGUCAUAAAAAUAGAAGGCCAUGAAGCUGACGAUGUUAUAGCCACACUUGUGGGGCAAGUUCUACAACCAGGAUAUCGGGUGGUAAUUGCGUCUCCUGAUAAAGAUUUUAAGCAAUUGCUUUCAGAAGAUGUUCAACUUGUCAUUCCCCUGGAAGAGUUGGAACGCUGGUCCUUUUACACCCUUAAGCACUACAUGGCUCAGUAUAAUUGUGAUCCGUGCUGUGAUUUGAGCCUUAGGUGCAUUGUUGGUGAUCAGGCUGAUGGUGUUCCUGGGAUCCAACAUCUGGCUCCCGGUUUUGGUCAGAAGACUGCCCUAAAGCUCAUAAAAAAGCAUGGUUCAUUGGAAAAUCUACUAAAGACAGCUGCAGUCAGAACUGUGGGCAGACAGUAUGCUCAAGAUGCUCUUACAAAACAUGCUGAUUUCCUAAGGAGGAACUACGAGAUUCUUUCCCUUAGGAGGGAUGUCGAUGUUCGACUUAGAGAGGAGUGGUUGGUUAAGAGAGACACAAGCAACGAUUCAAGAACGUUGUCUAACUUCUUUAAAUUCUUGGAAGAAACCCAAAAGUUCAGUCAUUAUAAUGUAUCUGUCUCAAAUGGCUAAGGAUUGUGAAGUGCCUUAUGUCACAGGGAGGAACUCUGAUCGUAGGUAAAAAUGUUGUUUCAAUUGUCAUCGCCUAAUCGAUUGUUUCUCACAGCUCUAUGGUGAAACUAAUCCAAUAGAUUUAGUUCACGUGUGUUUCUGUCUUGUGAUUAAUUGUUAAGUACGUAUGUUUAUACCACUGUUUCUUCGAUGGUUUUGCAUAUCUCGAUUACACUCUAUAGGCUUGUUUCACCAUAGAGCUGUGAGUAACAGGUGAGCUGUUACAGUGAUAUGUAUACCAAAGGUUACUCUGAUAUGCAUGACUCCUUCGUUUUGGAUUCAAUUCCAAUUGGUUCAAACAGUGGUGAUGGUGAUAGUGCUAAUGCUGGUC